UUUUUUUGUCUCAACCUCUUUGAUUGGCUACAAGCUUCUUCCGAGAAUGACGUCACGCUGGCAAAUAUGUUUCGUGUGUUACCAUUGGGCGGCUUCUAUCUCCAUUCUGGAAAUAGAAGUGUCCAUGUGGUUGGGAUCGAGGAUUGGUGGUCUGGGUCGCCAUGACAACCGCAUUCAGCAGUGAUGGGGAGGAGGUGAUUCAAAGGGCCCUGGUCCCUGGAGGCACUGGAGGACGCCCCUCAACUAUGACACUAGAAGAUUUCUAUGAACUGGAGAAAGCCACUGCGUUUGUGGUGGAUAAUGGCUUCACCAAGGUUGCUCUUCAGUUCCCUGAUGAUCUACUAUCAGAUUCAGGUGAUGUCGCCAUCAAGAUGGAAACAGCAAGUGGUGCCAAAAUGUAUAUCCUGGGGGACACAUCAUAUGGCAGCUGUUGCAUUGAUGAGGUGGCAGCAGAACAUGUGGAUGCUGAGGCUGUGGUGCACUACGGUCCUGCUUGUCUGAGCCCCUGCCGUAAGCUGCCGGUGCUACAUGUAUUUGGCCGUGUGCCGUUAGAUGUCACACGUUGUGCUGAAGCCUUCCAGGAACUUCAUCCUGACCACCAAACUCAUGUGGUUGUACUGACUGAAGUGAUGUAUUCUCAUGCUCUUGAUAACUUGGCUUCUGAGCUGCAACCCAUUUAUCCUAAUGUCGUCUUCUCCCAAUUGGACAACAAAGAACCUAAUAAUUCAACCCAGUCAGUUUCUGGGUUGAUGAGGCAGUUUGGCCGACGCUUUGCAAUAGACGAACAACAUGGUCUUGAGAAAUACGGCAUGUUCUAUGUGGGCAGUGAAGGACCAGAGCUCACAAACUUCAUGUUGAGCUGGAACCAGUGCUCCUUCAGUUCCUUUAAUCCUAAAACAGGACAAGGACGAAUGGAAACACUGGAUGUGAACCGAGCCCUGCGACGGCGCCUUUAUCUGGUGGAGCGGGCACGGGAUGCCCAAGUAGUGGGUAUUGUGGUGGGCACCCUUGGCGUGGCUGACUAUUUAUCUGUUCUACAACAUUUGCGUGGCAUCAUUCAAAAGGCAGGCAAACGUGCCUACACUCUGGCUGUGGGGAAACCAAACCCUGCCAAGCUGGCAAACUUUCUAGAAAUAGAAAUUUUUGUUUUAGUAGCCUGCCCUCUGAAUUCCUUGCUUGACUCCAGUGAUUUUUACCGGCCCAUCAUCACACCUUAUGAGAUGGAACUAGCAUGCAAUCCAGAACGGAUCUGGACAGGCAGCUAUGUCACUGACUUUCGCCACCUCCUACCAGGAGCAUGUGCCCACACUCCUUUCCCAGACAAGAUAUCACAGGCUGAAGAUGAACCCAGCAUUUCACUAAUCACUGGAGAGCUGCGCUCAACUAAUCUCAACAUGGUGCCAGACCCAAAACUGAGCUCUGAUACUGCUUUGGCCUGCCGCAACCAUCUGCAGACUUUGGCUCAAAUUAGCCCGGCAGCUUCAUUUCUUAAGUCGCGCAGUUGGCAGGGGCUGGAGCCACAGCUGGGCCAGACAGCAGUCACAAAAGCUGUAGCAGGACGACGGGGGAUCGCUAUUGCUUAUGAAGAUGAGCCCUGUGGAGAAUGAGUCCAGAAUGCAAGACAGUAUGGUACGGAGAAGAAGUUGCCUUCCGCUAGUGAAUCUAAAGAGAGUAGGUGAACACAUCACUCUGCUUGCACUAUCCUGACUACCUCUUACUUGGCAGCAUUUCCCUCCUGCCUGAGCAUAACCUGUAUGGCAAGAGUUCUCAUGGCUGUUAUGACCUUGCCUAGCAUUUCUCUGCACAGAUGAAUCAAACAAUGUCACAGAUUAUUUGCUCUGACAUACGAUGCUUCCAUUUUUCUGAACUGUGCUCUUCUGGUAAGGUUCCCUGCUUGAGGAAGCUAAGUGGAAUCAUUCUCCUUGCUUUGCCAUCAGUUGCACUCACAAAUAAAGUUGUGGUUUGGUUCUGUCAUAACAAUACCAACAGCAGCUUGGUCCUGUUGUGGAAAUAGCUCUUAACUAUUUGUAGCUUGGAUCACAAAAGGGCAGGCUUAAGAAGGAGAACUAAAGUAAAUAUUUGAAAAUAAAAAAUAAGAUUCAGCUAUAUUUGAUAUACAGUUAUUGGAUGUGUCCUUUCCCAAUGUAGCAAGGUCCUGAUUUGGAAGCCACUUAAUUUGAAAUAUUAUAAUAAUAAUAAUAAUAAUAAUAAUAAUAAUAAUAAUAAUAAUAAUAAUAAUAAUGAUAAUAAUGAUAAUAAUACAUCUUUAUUUGUAUUCUGCUUUUCUCCCACAAAGGGACCCAAAUCAGCUUACAACAUAUUAAAACCAAUACAAGUCCAAAACAAUCAGCAUAUAUAACACAUCAAACCAUCUAUAAAAUAAAACAUAAAUAUGCAUCUAAACCCAAAUACAUUAUUGUAGAGUCUUAUCAGAUCGUAUUGCACUUCACUCAGUUCCAUAAAAGUUGGCCUUCCUAUCCCUUCAGACUAUAUUUCAUCCUUGAAGGCUUGCUUAAACAGGAAGGUUUUGAGCUAUUUUUUUUAGAUGACAAGGAAGGGGCUGUCCUUGGAGAGAGAGUUCCAAAGGGUCGGGGCGGCCACUGAGAAGGCCCCCUCUCUCGUCGCCGCCAGCCACAUUUGAGAUGGUGGCAGCAUAAUUUUCUAUCAGAAAUUAUGAAAUCUGUCAAAACUGAUGUCCAUCCAUACAACAAACUGUACAUAGAGGUAAGGCUUCCCUCUUUUUUUCAUCUCCAGCACUUGGAGGAUGUGCUCAACUUGGCCAUGGGGAGGUGCUGUUCCAUUUUUUCACAUCGAGGAGCCUGUUGUCCAUCAUGAUCAAAUUGCGGGCAUGUUUUUCUGGGGCGCCUUUUACCUCCUCGCCAAGGCGGUACCUAUUUAUCUUCUCACGUGGUUGUUUUUGAACUGCUAGGUAAGCAGAAGCUAGGGCUGACAGCGGGAGCUCACCCCAACCUGUGGCUUGAACUGCCAACUUUCUGGUCAGCAAGAUUUUCUGUAGCUGGUGGUUUAACCUGCUGUGCUAUCCGCAGUAACAUACUCUGUUCUCUAUCACAAAAGAAGAUGUUUAGCCAAUUGCUAUCCAAGUGCCUUGCCAAGAAGAUAGCUCUCACUGAACUUUGGACAGAUAUAUUGGACCUUGAACCCCCGCCUCCUUCAUCUGGGAGAUAAAGCUUCAAUUGCAUCCCAGGAUAUCUUCCCUUUAUCCAAAUGAAGUGAACUUUUUCAUCCAAUUUAUUAGCAUUAUCUUCUGCUUUUCAAAGAGAUGUAUAAUUUCACUCCCAAAUCCUGUUGUUGUUUUUGUAUGUUUUAGUGUCAUUUAUUUUCAAAAUAUGGAAUUUCUUUAAUAAAAUAUGAUGGGGGGUUAGGAACUGUUGCUCUUGCAUCUGCCAGCCUUUAAGUGUGGGGAUAAGGGAUUAUGAAUGUGCCUCUGGUUUGCUGGAAGUAGGUUAACGCCACCUUGCAUCAGCAUCAUUAGUUUCCCAGUGUCUAAUAAGGAUCUCUUUCAGUGACUUGUCUCCAGAAUAGCAGUUGGGCAUGCUGGAUCUCAGAAACUCUAUAGGAGUUAGUGCAUUGAUCCUCACGUUAUGGCCAACUAGUUCUAUUUUUGACUUAAAAAGAUUAAAUAUUCUCUGGAGAGGUCCUUCUCUACUUUGGCACCUAUCUUUGGAGGCUAUAGUGUUGCUAUUAUUCUGAUGUGGUUGUUGACUACAGUCAGGGCCUGUUAAGUCCCUCAUGUUUGUUGUUAGUAAUAUGUGCCUUCAAGUCAUUCUCAACCUAUGGCAACACCAACAGGGUUUUCUUAACAAGAUUUGGUCAGAAGAGGUUUGCUACUGCCUUCUGAGACUAACCCAAGAUCUGCCAGUGGGUGUAAUGGCCAAGAUGGUAUUCAAAUUACUCUUCAGAGUCAUGGUCCCACAUUGAAACCAUGGCACCACAUUGGCUGUCUUACUCCUUAAUGUGCGUGGUUUUAAAUCACUUUAACAAUUUUAAGUGGUUAAUCUGUCUUUUUAACUUAUUAAAUUGUAUAAUAUACUUUUAAGUUUUAAAACAGUUCAUUAUUAUUUAUGCUGUUUUAAAUUAAGUUGAUUUUAUGUUAUACCACUAUCUUUAGAUAGUGGGAUUUAUGUAAUACAUCAGCAACAUCUGAAAGGAUAAAGUUUAGAAAAACAACUUGCAUACUUUUUGGCGGCCUUGAUUGGCUAACACUAUGUUUUACCAUAAACACUAUGCUUUACCAUCAGCUAGAGCUGAUGAGAACUCUAGAUCAGCAAUAUGUGAAGGGUCAGUGAUUAGUUAACCCUUCUUUAAACAGAAUAUAUGAAAAGCAAGCCUUGUGGGCUCAAAUACGUUCCUUGCCUAAUGUCCACACUACUUUACACUAAGGUAUGCCAUUGCCUACUGCCUAGGCACACUCCCAAUCGGUAAUUAUGUGUAUCUAGACUAGGUUAAAGGAAGUUGAAGGACAGACCAAAUAGCUCUUAUCAAUGACAUCCACUGUCAGAUGUUAUUUAUACCGCACCUUACACAGUUCAUGGUUGUUUAUUAAUUGCAGUAGGAUACAGUUCCCUGUAUUGGUAGAAAACAGUAAGGGAGUAAGGAAGUCUUUAUAUUAACCAAGCUGGAGAUAAUUUUAGGUGUUCUAUUUUUUAAAAUGUGAACAGAAGACUCUGGAUAGCUUUGUUGACUUCUUUCUGUUCAACCAUAGCAAGUGCCAUGUGUAGAGAAUAUGAACAAUAUGAAACUUUAAGGGGGGCAGAUUUUAAACAUGUUUUAAAAGUAAAAUUGGUUUUUUUGGAGGAAGCUGAUGGUGUUUUGCCUUGAAAAUAUUGAAGUGACAAUGUUGACUGCAAUAUUAUAUAGACAGUAUGAAAUUCCAGUCCUAAAAGAAUUGUACUUGCCAGUGUGUUUCCAGUCUGAAUUCAAAGUGUUUGUGAUAGCAUUUAAAGCCCUGCUUGGGACCUCACUACUUGAGGGGUUCCCCUCUCCAUACAUAUCUUCUCAGGAUUAAGGUUUGUUGUGAGGACUUUUCCUGUGUCCCACCGGUAAAGUCAAUUCAUUCUGUAGGGGACAUGGAAGAGGGUUUUCUCAUCUGUGACACCCCAAUUGUGGAAUGCUUUCCCAGUGCUCACUUCAUUGUUUAAUACAUUUGUAACUUAUUAAAAUAAUUUUACUGUUUUAAACUGA